AUGUGGGCGGUCCUUCUGCAAUUUUUGCUUAAUCGUCAACAGCACACCACGCGAGCAAGGCCCUAUCGCUCUGCCUAUAGGAUCCUAUGUAACAGUCGUAUGUUUCAACGCCUAGCGAGAGCAAGAGCUUCGUUCUUCGUUGCACCACUCACCAUAUGCGGAAUGUGUCGACAAACUAAUGUUGUUUACCGAAGCAAAUGA